AAAAUUUUCUAAGAAGGAGCUUUUGACAACAGCCAGCUCCAAUAUUUGUAUCGAUCACUGACCGUUCAGUUUUAUAAAAGUUUUAUAAAAUCAAACAGAAGGGGUUUUUCCAACUAUGUUGUUAACAACAAAAUCAAGAAAGAGAAGGUGAUCCUGCAUUGUGGAUAUUUGCACUUUUCUGAAGAAAAACAACUAACACCAAAAAAGAAAGCUAUUAAAAAAACCAUGGAAGACGAACCAUCAACCUCAACAAAGACAUCGAAAUAUUCAAGGCAUCAAUCGAAAAUUUUCAAUGAUCCUAUAUGGGGUCCAAUCGAGCUGAAUCCUGUUUGUGUGAAGAUUAUUGACACACCUGAAUUUCAACGGCUGAGAUUCAUAAAACAACUUGGAGGCUGUUCGUUUGUCUAUCCUGGUGCAGUUCACACACGAUUCGAACACUCCAUUGGAACCUCGUAUCUAGCAGGAUGUCUGGUUCGAAAUCUUAAAAAAAAGUUGAAGAAACAUAAUCCAGAAUAUAAUAUCAAAAUAAAGGACAAAGAUAUUCUUUGUGUGGAGAUUGCUGGACUUUGCCAUGAUUUAGGUCAUGGGGCAUUCUCGCACUUGUUUGAUCAGCUGUUCAUCCCUAGAAUAAGAAGAGAUUCAGAUUGGACGCACGAGAAAGCUUCCGUUGAUAUGAUGUUCAGGAUUUUCGAAAAUAACAAGGAUCUUACAGAAAUCGCUGACAAAGAAGAUCUAAAGCUAGGGCCUAAAUCUAACGAUAGAAAUUUUAUUGAGGGCUUAAUACGUGGGAAGAAAAGUGCGGGGGAAACAGGGAGAGAAGAGAAAUUGGACUUUCUUUAUGAGAUAGUGGCUAAUGAAAAGAACAAAAUUGACGUGGAUAAAUGGGAUUACUUCUCUAGAGACUGUCAUAUGCUGGGCAUGAAACAUAACUUUCAGGUUAUGCGUAGCAUAAUGCUGGCUCGUGUUAUUAAACACAAACAUAGCGAAGAUGACAAUAAAUACCAGUAUCAUAUUUCCUUUCCUUUAUCGGAAUACAUGAACAUUUUUGAUAUGUACCAUGCACGCUAUACCCUACAUCGUCGUGCUUACCAGCACCCGGUCAACAAAGCUGUUGAACUAAUGAUUACCGACGCAUUGUGUAAAGCCAAUGACAAGCUGGUUUAUAGAGAAAAAACCUUGGCAGAAACCAUUGACGACAUGGAGUUAUACACUCAGGUCACAGACGGUGUCAUUGAUCGCAUUCGUUUUGAAGAAGUCAGAGAUGAUAAAGAUUCCAAAUUCAUGGAAGCUAAAAAGAUAAUUGAUAGAAUUUUUAAACGUGAAUUGUAUAAAUGUGGAAUGGAAAGAAGAGUAGAAAGGACAGAGAUUUUGAAAGAAGUACCUAACGAGGCAAUCGAUAAAGAAAUUAAAAAAUAUCAAGAUAAAUGGAAGAUUCAUUUAGAGCCAAUAGUCUUCAAUUACGGAGCUGGAAUACAGAACCCAAUGAAAAAUGUUACAUUUUACAGUGGUAGUGUUGAAGCGGAACCAGAUGACGAGAAACCACCAAUGCUUCCUAAAGAUUUUGAGGAAACAUAUUUACGUAUGUAUUUGAAAGAACCUGAUGAAGACGGGAACAAAGCUGUUAAAGAAUUGGUUUCAAAAUCUACCAGAAAUCAUCGUGGAGGACGUACAAAAGAAAAGAUACAAAAAAUUUAUCUUCCCAAUCCGUCAAACAACAGCAUAAAGGAGAAAAAGACUACUUUUGUGGAAAUUUUUACUUGUCUCUUAUAUAAAGUGACCUUAGGCUGAAAUGGGAUUUGAGGACGAUCAUAGGCAUUUAUGUUUGCCGUUCAAUCCAGUUUGAUAAAUUGAAUAAAUAUUUAUUAAACCAAAUAGGAUACGAUAUGAAAACAAAGCAAGUAAUAUCAUUAUCUAUUUAGAAUAUAUGCUGUAUGAUAUUAAGAAUUCGGAGUUCUAUUUGUUUUCCAAAUUAAUUAGAAUUUGUUUUUAAAUGCACUGACAUAUCAUUUUCUUAUUUGUUUUACUUAUGCUGCAUGUUGUUUGAAAUAUGUUUUGAUUUUUCUGUCUUAUAUUUUUGUGCACUACAAAGUAUUUCGGACAUCGAUAUCUCGAAUACCAUGGGUAUAUCGAAGUGAUUUGUAAGGUCAACCCUUUAUUAUUUCGGCAAUUUACCCUCGCUAUCUCAAUCAUUGAUUAUUUCAAUUUUUUCUUUCCUAUCGCGUUGGAGAUAACGAGAAUUCUAAAAUAAUAUAUUUAAAAUAUCUUUAGUAAUAUAUUUAACAUAUUUAUAAUUAUUUAUAUAUUUUAUUAUGUUUCUAUUUAAGCUUUUUUGCCAACUUUUUCACAUUUUUAUCAUAUACAUUGUUUAAAUUUAUCAACAAUGCAAUAUGA